GAACAUGUUAGCUGGAUGAAAGUUGUGAUUGCAUCAGUUCGGAUCGAUCGUAUUCUACAAUAACAGAUUCUUUGAAAAGUUCACGAGAUAAAUUAUUAUAUUUUCGUGUACUGAAAAGUACUUUAUUUAUAAUGUGUGAAUACGAUGACCUUGGAGUCUCAUACUAGCUAUCGUUUGCUUUUGCUAUGGUUAUAUAUAGUUCUCUUAUAGCUAGAUUUAUGUAGACAAUUUCUGUCUGUUUUUACACCUUUACAGUCUUUAAAAAACUGACAAAUUCUUCCAAAAUUACCAUGGUAUGUUUUUUUGGCAACGAAGCUAUGGUACUUGGGACCUCCACCAUGGUAAUGUCAUAUGUAUCAUUUUUGAAGCAGAUUGGAAUACCAUGUACUAUAGUACAUGAAUAUGUUGGAAGGUUUUUGAAGAACGCAUGGAAUAAAGAGCCUGUAGUCACAGCUGCAUGUGGUCUCGGACUGCUGGCUUGCAUUGUGCCGGUUUUGAGCCCUUUAACGAAGUACACAGGAAUGCUGAAUGCAGCAAUUCCAUACAAUUAUCCAGUCCCAGUGCGAGAUGUUUGAAACAUGCCGGACAUUCCAGCGCACCCAAGUGACCCACAGGGGGAAAACCUGGAAUGGCUGAAAAACCUGUGAAAUGUCCUUCAAAAUCAUGUACAGUCCACACCCACUCUUCCUUUUGUCCCAUUAGAUGGAUUGCUGUCAAUAAAAGCUCUUUAUUUAAUAACACCAUUGCUAUAAGAUUU